AUGACUCUUUCCAGUGAAUUUGAAGCUUCUCAACACUCUGCUUUGCCACUUGAUGAGGAUGAGAUUGACAUAGUAGGCGAGGAUGAGCCUACCCAUGGGCGUUUAUACCAAAAUGGGUGCGCUACGGACCCCGGCUCCUCGGCAGAAUCUGGUGCUGAGUUUGACUCCUCAGAGCCAGACUCCUCGGGGGAAAGCGAGAACAGUUUCUGCGCAGACGCACCGCCGUCCAGGAAAGCGCAGAACAGUUCCGUUAAGCCUCCCUACUCCUACAUUGCCCUGAUCACCAUGGCCAUCCUGCAGAGUCCGAUGAAGAAGCUGACGCUGAGUGGCAUCUGUGAUUUCAUCAGCAACAAGUUUCCCUACUACAGAGACAAGUUCCCCGCUUGGCAGAACUCCAUCAGGCACAACCUCUCCCUCAACGACUGUUUCAUUAAGAUCCCGAGGGAGCCUGGGAACCCGGGAAAAGGUAACUACUGGUCUCUGGACCCUGCCUCAGAGGACAUGUUCGACAACGGCAGCUUCCUUCGCCGAAGGAAGCGGUUCAAGAGAAACCACCCAGAGCUUGGCAAAGACGGACUUAUGUUUUAUUCCAACUUGAACUGCUACCGGCCGUACGGGCAGCCAUACUGCGUGCAGGGCCAGGUGAGCCCCCCGCCCGCCGCUCCUAUCCCGUACAUGCCCCUGCAGGAGGGCAUCAUGAUGCCCCCUUCUCCCUAUCACCUUCUACCACAAACUCUGAACAGUCACGGGAAGUGCAGUGGGCCAAAAGACUUCAGAGCGCAGCUGUGCUCAACAGAAACCGCCCAGUCAAAGCCUGGCCCGCAGAGAAAGUGCUCCUUCAGCAUUGACAGCAUCAUGAGCAAACCCUCGCCCACCAGUCUCCCGACCCCAAACCCACAGCAGAGACGCCACAGCGCUCUUGGGUACGCUCAUCUCAUGUCGGGCCCUGCUGCCUGUUUGGUUCCGAGGCUCCUGCCGGCUCCCAGGACUCCAUUCUGCCCCCCUACCAUGCUGAGCACUGCUUCUUUAAUAAAUGAGCACCUCAGACUGUCCUACCCUCACUGCUGA